GUGGUACCUUAAGCAAUAUACCCAUAUUUGUGACCAGACUUGGUGGAGAAACCACCAUUUACCCAAGUCCGUCUCCAACGCCACCCGUCGCGUCAUGCAUCACUGAUCACUCCAAUCUUCUUCUUUUUUUAUACCGUACCCCAACCUGUCCGAUAUCAUCUUCCUCCGAAUUACGUUUCCGCCCAGGGUAAUGCAUAUCCGGUUCAGAUCAGAUGGCCCGUCUUGACCGUUCAUCAUCUAAACCAUGUGGCCCUUGAGUCCUUCCCAUCGAUACCACGCCCUCUCCUCGCGUGCGGAUCGAUGGAUCGUCCACCUCCGCGCUUCACCCAUCCUUUCCGGUGUAACCGUCUUCUUCGCCAUAUACUUCCUCGCCAUCAUUGUCGUCCGUCAAGCCUCCUAUCGGGACCCGACCUCCGUCUUCUUUGACCCGAACCAUGGAUACGACCAGAGAUACUCCACGGUUCGACUGGAGCAGGCCAAUGCCUUUAUCGAGACCGCCCCGAAAGAUCUAUCCGAAUACGCCCCCAAAUUCAACACCACCAACCCGGACGGCACAUUAUGCGUGGGAAUACCCUCGGUAGCGCGUGAAGGCGCUCGAUAUUUUAGGAGUACCGUAGGAUCGAUCCUUGAUGGAUUGUCGCACGAGGAGCGAAGCAAGAUCUAUUUGAUGGUCUUGAUCGCUCAUACCGAUCCUUCAGAUCAUCCCGCAUACGCUGAGACAUGGCUCCACGAACUACCGGACAAGGUCCUUUUGUACAGUGACUAUCUAUACGGAGAAUCGAUCCAACACGUGCGAGAGCUGGAAAAAGAGAAGGCUUAUGAACAAAAGGCGCUGUUGGACUACACAUACCUGCUGAAACAAUGCAUGUCCCAAGGAAUGCCUUACAUCUUGAUGCUAGAAGAUGAUGUGGUAGCCGUUGAUGGUUGGUAUCAGAAAACCAUUGCCGCAAUUGAGACGGCCGAAAUUAUGACAAUGGCACGAGGCCUGAAAGACUGUGAGGAUUGUUCAUGACACCGACGAUGGAAUGCUAACGAAAGUUUAGUUCUCUAUCUCCGAUUAUUUUACACCGAAGAAUUUCUGGGUUGGAAUUCCGAAGAAUGGCCAACAUAUUUGUUCUGGUCCGUCACCCUCACCAUUGCGUCGGCCGCCGUCCUAGCCUGCCUUCGAAUCUUUGUUCCUG